UGGUACUACUGGUGUGUUGUUUCCGCCUCUGCCUCGGGGGGCGCUCUAACUCUCGUCCGUGUUAAACAGACGUCAACAAACAAGCAGAAGAAACAUCGACUGUGGCGCUUUAGAGAUUCUGAAUGGCGGCGUCUUCAUCCUCCUCAUCAGCAGGGGGGGUCAGUAGCAGUUCAGUAACCGGAUCUGGCUUCAGUGCUUCUGAGCUGAUCCCGCCCAGGAAAGUUCUGUACACCUACCCAAAGGGAGCUGGCGAGAUGAUGGAGGAUGGAUCCGAUAGAUUUUUAUGCGAGUCUGUGUUCAGCUAUCAAGUUGCAUCCACGCUGAAGCAGGUUAAACAUGAUCAGCAGGUUUCUCGUAUGGAGCGUUUAGCUGGGCUGGUGGAGCAGUUGGACGCAGAUGAGUGGAAAUAUAAACCCAUCGAGCAGCUCCUGGGAUUCACAACCUCAUAACAUCUACAUUCAGACACACUCCUAUUUUAUUUGUUUUGUCUUAAACUGAUUAAUUAGAGGUCUUUGCCAUGUAGACUGUAGAUAUCAUGUCCUGCACUAGCGUAUGUAAAAAAUAAAAAAAAAUUUGAUCAUGUGUUUGGUUGAAUGUUUGUUUAACUUGUGUACAAUAAAAGUUUUUUUAAUCAUCAUAAAAUCACAGCUGUCUCCGUUUGCCUUCUAUUGUCUAUAGUACCCUGUUUUACUAAAAAUACCUCGCAUUGCAGAGGACACAUUGGUUACAAACUUGUUUUGUGUAUAUAUACCUAUUUUUAUUUUAUGUUGACUUUAUAUAUAUUUUUUUCCUUUUUCAAUUUCGAUCUCUGUUGCUUUUUCUAACCUUUUAUUGUAAAGCACUUUGGAUCAACGACGGUUGUGUUAAAGUUGUGCUCUAUAAAUAAAUGGACUUGACCUGA